AUGAGGCAUAUCAUCUUCUGCAACGGACCAUUCCUUUUUGUUGUUUGCGGCAACGAUAAAUCGCUGAGGGUCUUCGUUUAUAACUCUAAGACAAGGCUUUUAGAGCACUCUUCAAUUAUUGUUCCGCUGGAAUUGAUGUGCGCCGGCGUUGUGGAAGAUGAUGUUUUCUUGUUCGGCAAGAAACCCUCUGUUUCCUUUAACGAUGAACCAGUUUACAAAAGCUUCAACUUUCGCACGAGAAACUGGGCUGACUCACCUCUUCAUAGGCUGGGGAUGGAUUCCACGUUUGGUUCCAUAGGGGCCCCGGCCAGGUCAUCAGAAACCAUCGGUUCUAAUAUAUACCUGAUGCGUCGAGCCAAAAUGAGUGUUUACAACAUCCAAACUGGGCUUACGAGUACGCCGUGCUGGGUCCCUCACCCUCUCCGUCAUCCUACAACUUGUGUAUUUCACGGUAUCCUCAUCUCUUACGACGUACAACAUGGUGUUCUUAACUGGUACGAUUCUGACAUGAAGUCGUGGAGACUAGUGCUUAACUUUAGACUGGAACGAAGACGGGUGAGAAGCGCAAGUGCAGGUCUUGGGCUGUUGAACGGAGAUCUUGCCCUUGUGUGGACUCAGAUCUGUUACAAUCGAAGUUCCUCCCAAAGCCAGGAGGAGGUGUGGUGCACAAAGGUUUGCUUACGCCGCAAACCAGAUGGUAACUUAGAAGGUUCUGCUUACUCUGCUCAGCAUUUAGAAACUAUACCAUAUGGGUAUAAGAUUAACAUGUAUCUGUCGGUCUCUCCUUAUCGUCCUUUUCGACCAGCAAUGCCUGCUCUGUAUUUUGAUGAUGUUUAG